GAUUUCUUCGGCACCGAGAGACAGCAGGGCCCUCUCUUCCAGGUCUAUGCCUUUGCUGGCGUGGUUGAGAUGCUGACUACUUUCGCCAAGACCUGCAACGUCUCCAACAAGCCCGGCCUCACGCUCGAGAACGCGGGCGACUAUGCCCUGGGCAAGAAUUUCCUCCCCUCGGACCCGGCGAAGGCCAAG